UCAGAUUUAACUAUUAGAAAUCUAUAAGCAAUGCUAUGACGUGCAUAACCUAAAAAGAUACAAUCCACAGUUUUAGGUCCUAACUUGCGCUUCUUGUUGAUUGACACAUUCACCUUGGCCAAACAACCUCAUGUGCGCAAGUAAGAGAGUGAAGGUCUUCUCCCAAUCCACUCCUUGUAAGGAGUCUUUUCCUUAUUCUUUAUGGGACUAUAUUUAGGAUAUGACAUGCAGUCAAUACUGCCUCCCCUCACCGUAUCUUAGAUAAUCCAGCGAUGUCUAACAUGGCGUUAACCAAGUCAGACAACAUGCGAUUAUUCGAUCAUGUGAUCUGAGCUUGCUAAUUAAUCAAACACAAUAAUGUUCCUUUGGUUAAUUUCUAGCGAUGCGAGGCGGCUGCUGGGCUUCAUGGCGGCCGACAUCGGAGACGAGGAGGAGGAGCUCGUCGACGCCUUCACCGGCAAGCGGCAGAGCAUGGCGAUGCACCACUACCCGCCGUGCCGCCACCUGGGCAAGGUGCUGGGCAUCCCGCCGCACACCGACGGGCUGGGCCUGACGCUGCUGCUGCACGUGGACGACACGCCGGGCCUGCAGAUCAAGCACGGCGGCAGGUGGUACCCCGUGCGGCCGCUGCCGGGCGCCUUCCUCGUCAACGUCGGCGACGUCCUGACCAACGGCGCCUACAGGAGCGUGGAGCACCGGGUGAUCCCGGACGCGCGGAGGGGCCGCACCACCGUGGUCUUCGUGGAGGUGGGCACGGUGGGAGGGAUGGUCUCGCCGCUCCCGGGCCUCCUCAAGGAGCAGGAGCCGCGCUACAAGCCCAUCGAGCUCGGCGAGUACGUCAAGGGCACCUUCAAGGCGAUCCUCGAAGGGAAUCGGUUCGCGGACACGCUCAGGAUCUAGCAAGAUGCGUCUGCCUGAAGAAUGCCGAUCGAAAACGGCCAGGCGCUUCGCGUCCUGUCCUCGUGUCCCGUUCAGUAUUAUGCGCUCGUGGAAAUGGAAAAAAAAUAAAAGCAGGUGUGCGGUGUGUUUCAUUUAGAAAAAACACCGACGGCCUUGGCCAACAGUACUGUGGUAAGAAUAAUAGAAAG